AUGUCAAAAGUUGACAGCAUUCCCACUCCCAACGGGGUCGGGGCAACCCGAGAGAAGGCCCCAUCCCUCGAGGUUGUGGAUAGCCGCCCUGAUGUGCAUCCGGAUUUGGUUGAUAUGGAGGCGUACAGGGAGAAUGUGCCUUUAUGGAAGAGGAUCUGGCAGCAUAGUCUGACACAGAUGUUGCUUCUAAGUGUCCAGGCAUUCUGUGGGCCAGCUAUGGAUGAUGCAAUUGCCGGUCUCGGUGGUGGUGGCUUAGCGACGCCGCAAACUUCAAACACCGCCACCGCAAUCAAUUACACAAUGCUGGCAAUUGUCUGCGCAUUCGGCGGACCUUUGGUCAACAAACUCGGCGUGAAGUGGGCUUUGGUCAUCGGUGCCGCAACAUUUCCUAUCCGUGGCGCCUCGUACUACUGCAACAGUAAAUAUGGAAACCAAUGGUUCCUUAUUCUGGCUAGCUUCCUCAGUGGCACUGGCACUGGCUUUUGGUAUGUUGCAGAAGCCGGUUCCAUCCUCUCUCUUGCUCCAUCAGGGCUUGUUGGCGGCGGAAUCAACUUGCCCUUUGCAUUCCUCAUAUCCCCUCUUGAACGGGUUGUCAGGUCGGACGGCACCAGGAUCAUUGUUUCCGAGUCCCUGAGCACCAAGCAGGAGUUGAAGCAGAUCAAGAUCACCGCGACUUCCAAGCUGAUUCUAUUGUCCUGCAUUUGGGCAUUCUGUGGGACAUGGUCUACUUAUCUGGCCGACUACUUCACUGUUCGCGCUCGAGCACUCUCGUCGCUGAUAUCCCCAUUCUUCUGCAUCGUUGGUUGCUUUGGACUAGGCUUCAUCCUCGACAUCAAAGGGCUAAGCCAGCGACGAAGGGCCCAGCUCGGUCUUUACACAGUCGUCCUCCUGAACAUGGGCGUCUACAUCUGGUCAAUCGUGAUGCAGGUACGAUUUGACGCUCACAAUCCGGGUGCUAUCGACUGGGAUGAACCUCUCUAUCCCUCGGCUUUUCUGCCAUAUUUCUUUGUACAGACCACCGGACCACUCUCGCAGUCCUACAUGUAUUGGCUCAUCUCAUCAUUUGCUACCGACGCACAAUCCAAUGUUCGCAAUGGAGCCGCAUUCAGAUGCGUCGAAGCUGUGGGCCAAGCAGUCUCCUACGGCCUUAACACUAACGCGAACUUGAGUACUCUUGUUGGUUUCUGCGUUACCUUUGGCCUCAUGGCUGUUGCGCUUGGCCCAAUGAUCGUAUUAACCAACGAUGUCCCGGAUCGCAUUCCAGCGGAUGUGCUCGCUGAGGAGGACCAGGCUACAAUCGAAGGCAAGAAAGAGGACAAAAAUGCCAAUAGUGUCUAA